AUUUGGCAACUUCGUACUUUCUGAGUAGCAUACCGCUUGUUAGUCCGUCAUUGGUAGUUCUUGGUCAGUCGAGGUACGUUUUCUGAUCUGGAAAGGAUAGCAACAUGGGAGUCCGAGUGGAAACCAUUUCGCCUGGUGACGGGUCAACAUUCCCCAAGACUGGCCAAACUGUAGUUGUUCACUACACAGGUACUCUGCAGGAUGGAAGUAAAUUUGAUUCUUCCAGAGACCGUGGCGCUCCUUUUAAAUUUAAAAUUGGCAAAGGAGAAGUUAUCAAAGGAUGGGAUCAAGGAGUAGCACAGAUGAGUGUUGGUCAGAGAGCUCGUUUGAUUUGUUCUCCAGACUAUGCUUAUGGUUCUCGUGGCCACCCAGGAAUUAUACCACCCAAUGCUACACUUAUCUUUGAUGUGGAGCUAUUAAGAGUUGAACCAUGAGCAAACUCAUUUUUACAAUUGUGUGAUUAUUAGCCUAAAUCAGUAUUUAACCUAUCAGUGUGAAGGUUGUGUGCUGUUUUCAAAACUGUGUGUGAGGCUUAAUCUAGACACAAUAAACUUGAAAAUCAAU